GCGAGAGGCUGUAAGGUGCCAUAUCUCCUCUCCUUUGUGAGGUGGCGAGCACAUUAGAGCACAAAUGGAGGACAACAGAAAAGGCGCAUCCGGUGGGGGUUGGGAUGACCGCCGUUCUGCUUCGCCACACCUCAGGCCAGUACGGAGUCCUCCAUCCGAGCAAAGCUUGAAAGCGAAGGAAGAAGUAGGGAAGGGAAUCGUUGACGAAGAUGCGCAGAGAAGGCAGCAAAAUGGCAGCGGCACAGAGCCGACAGAAUCAUAUGAUGGUAAACGAAUCGACGAGGACAGUCUGACUGCACUGUACUACAACGAACGAAGACCUCACCCUCACCCGCAUGAGCGAGGACGUGACAAAGAACGUUUGAAGGAAAGAGCUGGGGGAGGAAAACCAAGAGGAAAAAGAGGAAAGAAACUAGACAUUGGAGGAGAGCGCACACCCCCGACAGAAAGCGGAAGUGAAAGUGAGAGCGACAGCGGCACCGAAACUGACAGCGAUUCAGAGAGUGGAAGUGGGAGUGAAAGCGAUGAAGUAAGUGACGUCAGGUCGAUGAUGGGCAAGGGGAAGGAGCCGUUCCCAUCACUUCCCUCCUUGGCUGGAACUCAAGGGCGGGCAGGGGCAACAGUGGGUGCAGCUAAUCAGGGUACAAUGCCAGUGGUGGUUCAGCGUAGAGAAGAGACCGCCAAGAAUGGCACGCAGGAUGAUCCUAGCGGCGGGAUAAGGCACAGGACAAGGGAACAGCAAGGGAAAGGGGAAAGUGGAGAAGCCAGCGAUAGCGGCAGCAGCAACAGCGCCAGCAGCAGCAGUGGCAGUGGCAGUAGCAGUGAAGAUGAUGAAGACGCAGAGAGGAGGAGAGCGCACGACAACAGCGAGGAUGCCGAUGACGAGGGUGAGGGGGAGGAGGAGGAAGAUUCUCCUCAGUCCAGGUCAAUGACACUUUCGCCGCUUUCUAAGGGGAAGGAGAAAAUCGAAGAACAACCGCGCAAAAGGAAGCGUAGCGUGAGAAGCAACUACACAAGCAGUGGUGAAGAUGAGGUUCCGAUCGUCAUCGGAGGUUUGUUACCUCAUCAUCAACAUCAUCAUCAUCAUCAUCAUCAUCAUCAUCCUUACCAUAGAAAGAGAAGCCCUGCCUCCAUGCCACCCGCAUCAAAAAGGCGGCAGAAGCCAUCAUCAUAGCAGUCAAUCCCUCUAGGCUCUAUCUGUAUCUAGCUCAGUCCAAUUGCAGACUCUAUCCCCAGUCCCAAUCCCAACCCCAAUCCCAGUCCCGCUACUGGUCCUAAUCGCAGUCCCACUCACAAUCCUAGUCUCUGACCAAUCCAUGGUGUCUCUAAUUGCCUUACAGAGCAGAGUAGGAUGAAAUGGGCUGGUAGGGGGACUGAGCCUGUAGCCGGGAAAAUGAGGCUGAGAUUGGGACUGAGACUGAGACUGAGACUGGGACUGGGACUGAGACUGGGAAGGAGACUGUUAUCAGAAUACCAAUGGGCCUAGCUAAGUUGGUACACCCAUCAACUGUUGCAAUGCAUACCUGAGUUCGAAUCCAGAUGAAACUAGACGAAUUGAAUAAAAGAAGACUGGUACUGAGACUGAGAAUACCAUGACUGGAACUGAGACAUACUGGGACUGAGUCUGAGAAGAGAAUGGGACGGCAACCAGGACUGAGAUUGGGACAGACUGGCACUGAGUUUCUGGACUGAGACUGAGACGCGACAUUGUGACUGAGACUAGGACUGGGACUGGGACUGGGACUGGGACUGGGACUGGGACUGGGACUGGGACUGGGACUGGAACUGGGACUGGGACUGGGACUGAGUGUGGCAAUGACACUUACUGAGACUGGGGCUAAUGUAUAGGGACUGACUGAGGCUAGGAAAUUGAGUGAGAUUGGGACUCAGCUUGGGACCAAUAUUGUUACUGAGAAUGGGACUGAGGCCGAGUCUGCUUUUGGGACUCCAGGGGAUUGGGAUGGAGAUGAAGGGUGAAACCUAUCAGGAACCAGCAGGAAGACCAGGUAGAUGUGAAGCAACACUGGGAUGUCUGCUUGCUGCUUGCUGCUUGCUGUGGACUACCAGUGUGACAAGUCCUCCGAGGAUUGACUAUUCACAAAUCGAGUUUGGUGGCUGAAAUUCUGCAACUUCUCUUUUCUAAGCGUUUCUCAUUUCUUUUUUGUUUUGUUUUGUUUUCUUGUUGUGUUGGAAAGAGGACAAGCAUUGAUACAUGGCAGUGCGCCGUGUGCCAGCUAUU